AUGGGAUCGAAGCUCCAUGCACUUGCGAAGAUUGAUGCAGAGCUAUUCGUGACAUUGAGAAGCACAAGGAAUUCUCAAUUGACCGUCAUGACAACCAUUUCUUCGUCAUCCUCUGGUUUUGAUAGACGGUCAUCUGCGACUGAUAUACGAACAAGUCUCCGAUCUUCCCGAACGCAUGCUCCCGCAUCCCCGCACACUCCACAGCAAUCCCGUCAGAUGUACUCACCAUACACCGGUUCUCCCUCGCCGGGAUCGUCAUUUCGACAUGAAGAAGAUUCCGUUAUUAUAGAAAUUGGGACUCGUUGGCUGCGGGCCGGGUUUGAAGGCAACAGCACUCCCGUGUGUGUGGUAGGAUUCGGCCCGGAGGAAGGAAGACGGGUUGGUGAUUAUCGAGGAUGGAUACGGAGUCCAAACCAAGAUAGCCAAAAGGGAAAGAUAGCGCCUACCAGUAUCCAAAACUGGCUAAAAAGCCAUGAACUCUGGCGUAAGGAUAUUCGUGGCCUUGACGUUGGUCUUUUUGAAGACAAGCUUGAACGAGCCAUUCGGGAACUAUACAACAAAUAUCUGCUCACGGAUACUGGUUCGUCGCGACUCGUUCUUGUUCUUCCGUCAAUCGUGCCUCAUGUCUUACUCUCCUCCCUGUUAUCCACUAUAUUCCACCGCUGGAGAUAUCCCGCUAUCACCUUGCUUCCAUCUUCUGCUAUGGCCGCUGUGGCUGCGGGUGUCAGAUCAGCUCUUGUCGUAGACAUUGGUUGGGAAGAAACGACAGUUACGGCCCUUUACGAAUAUCGGGAAAUUCAAUCCAAACGAAGUACUCGUGCAAUGAAACUCUUAAUGCAACAGGUGGGGCGAUUCUUGACCCAAGUUGUCCGCCAGGAAGAAGGCUUGACAACCACGGAAGAUGAUACCAUAGACGUAAGCGUUGAUCUAUGCGAAGAAAUUAUGACCCGGCUAGCUUGGUGCAGAACUCGAACCACGACUAGACAGCGACCAGAAUCUGAAGGAGCUGAAGACUCACACCAAACGUCCGCCCUGGACGAUGGCGACGACAGCCCCAACGCCGCGCCUGGUCUAUCCGAGUUAGUAUCCCUACCAUUACCUGUGGGAAACACGAUGACGUAUAUAGACGUUCCAUUCCUGAAAUUUUCCGAAUUGGUAGAACAAGCCUUGUUUGCAGGUGGAACCACUGGGCGAGAUUGGGACGAUGAGGACACUCCACUAGACAUGCUGGUCUACAAUUCGCUACGUUCACUGUGCCCAGAUGUACGGGGAACUUGCAUGUCUAGAAUUGUGUUUAUUGGCGGCGGAUCAAACAUCCCCGGAUUGCGGCAAAGAAUCAUUGAAGAUGUGGAUACCGUCAUCGAGAAGCACCAGUGGUCUCUAACUCGAGGCAAAGUGUUUGAAAAAGGAGAAAGUCGAGAGCGAGGUGUGAAUGAAAAAGCAGGCUCCGAUCGGCCCAGCAACGACGUGGGUACCAAGGCAUCGGAACAGACGCCAGAUACCAGCUUCAUUGACGAGAGAUUCCAGCGAAAUAGCAAAGACUCUACGCCACAUGUUCAUGGAGUUCUUCGGCAAGUAGAUUCUCUGGGAUCGUGGGCGGGUGCCAGCUUGGCAUCCAGUUUAAAAGUCAAGGGCUUAGUUGAAGUUGAACGCGAGAAGUUCCUUCAGCAUGGGUUCGCAGGUGCCUCCAGGGACCAUAACAUCAGCACAUCGAUGGAUCGAAGGUCUGGCUACGGGCCAAGCAUGGCUAGAUCUGGAGGCGAUAGAUCUAGUUGGACACUGGGAGAAUGGGCAUAG